AUGGUUUCAAAAGCACUACUUCAUUCUGAUUUUUAAGAUUUAUGGAGUAUAAAUAUUUCCAAUAACCAAUUAACAGGACCUUCAGUACUUAAAAUUUCCACAAGUCUUCCAGAGACUAUUAAAAGUAUUAACAUUUCUAAUAAUCUGAUAGGUCCAACUGGCUUUUUUGGCAUAAUGCCUUUAUUAAAUUCUAAAAAAUAUAACACUUUAAGAAGUUUGAACUUAGAAAACAAUAAUCUAUCUGAUUUAGGUCUAAUGCCAAUUCUAAAAGGAAUAUACUAAAAUAUGUCCUUAUUUAUUUUAAAUAUUUCAAAUAAUAAACUAACAGACCACGUAGCCUUCGAAAUAAAAUCAUUGUUAAUGAAAAACUCGUAUUUAUAGGAAAUAUAUUUAAGAUGGAACACAUUUUCCUCUAAAGGAGGUCUAUAAAUAGCAGAAGGUUUAAAAGAAAACCUAAACCUAAGAGUUAUAGACUUAUCGCAUAAUGGUUUAGGUUCUAUCCCAUCUUUAAAAUGUAGCUUAAAGAUAAUCCAAAGCUGCAAUGUAUAAGGAUCGGGAGUUCGACAUUUAGACCUAUCUUAUAAUUAAUUUAAAGUCUCCGAGUGCUAAGAAAUGUAAUAGGCUAUAAUCCCAAACAAAACCAUAUAUGGGCUACAUAUCGAAGGCAACGAAUCACACGCUUUGGUAGAUUCUAGAGGUUUUCUACACAUUCCUGAUUCUUAUAUUUUGCAUUAAAAAAAAAGCCUAAGUUCUUAACAAUUAUACCCAAGAAAAAUCGAAAACGUAAAACUUAAAGGAUUUAAUAAAAUGCAAAAUUUUGAUUGCAAAUAAGUCGAUAAUUGUUGGAUUUGUGAUGGAUGGUUUGAGGUAAAAUUCGAAAUAAAAGACACUUCAAGUGAUCUUUUUGGGGGAGAGCCAGUUUUUUUACACUUAGAUUUUGAUAAUUAUGUACCUGUAUAUAUGGAUAGAGAUAUCGAAAAUCCCAAUAUAUUUCAAGUUUACAGAAUGUGUCCCCCCAAUAGGACUGUGAGUUUUUUUUUCACUGAUCCUUUAAAAGCCAUACCCAGACAGCCUGAAACUUACUUCAGAAUUACUAAAACAGACUAAUGGCAUCGAGGAGUAUCCCUUUUUAGAGAUUAUGUAGCUGAUUCAGCCGCUUUAGACGCUAAAUGUUUUGAAUUUGACUGGGGAGUGAGUAAAUUACCUAAAUUAUUUUCUAAAGGAGGCGAUAUUGAACUAUGUAAAUCUAUAAUGAAAGCUCUUUAUCCAUAUAUAAGGAUAGUUUAUAAAUAUUUAUCUUGUUAAGGUUUGUAAAACGAAAUAUAUUGCAUAUCGCCGAAUAUAUUCACAACAUUCAUCCAAAAAACAGGAGUAAUAGCAAGCAAUUAACAAAAUAAAGAUCUUCCUAAUUUCAUUCUCGCGGAUUCCGAUUUAUUAUUUGUGGCAUCCUCCACAGUUGCUUAGAAAAUAAAAACUUAUCGAAAACCAGACAAAGUUUUAAUCAGAAAUGAAUUUUUAGAACAACUAGGAAGAAUAUCUUAAGAGAAGUAUUUUUCGUAAAGAAAUUAAAUAGCUUAAAUGAAUAGUUAAGGCCUAAGAUUAUUCUUUAAUGAGGAAAAUUUAAUCGAUCAUUUUUUAGAAUAUGACUCGCCCUAAGAAUGGAGAGUUUCCAGAUAUUGGCUUGAACCAUGCGAUAUUGUGAUGAAAAAAUAUUUAAAUUUUAUAAAGAUUUUAUGGAAUUAAUGGGCUGAUUACAAAAAAUAAGAAAAAAAAUACUUUUCGACUACUAAAUCUAUGUCAGUAUAUGAAUUUAGAGACAUGGUUUAUAAAUAUGAACUUUUAGAUGAACGCUUAUAGGAAAGAGACAUUAUUAUUUCCUAUAAUUUAUCCAUGAUGACCUAAGUUGAUGAACUUAAUAAUGAUAGAUUUAUUAUGAUGUCUUUUGUAGAGUUUUUGGAAGCUUUGGCAAGGCUUUCUGAGAAAAAAAGCAUGAUCCCUGUAGGGGAAAGAGAAGAAGAAUAUAAUGAAGACGAAAGAUUUUAGAUAAAACUAUAGUUUAAGAUUGAAAGCCUACUUCAUUAUAUGAAAAAAAAAAACGAGUAUUUUAAUAGUAAAGAAUAUAUAAAACAGUAAUAACUACUUAUCACUAAUCCUGGGUAGUAAUAAAAUAUUAGCAAUAAUGUAUCUAAUAUGUAGAAUUCAAAUAUUUAAUAAUAUUAAAUUGUUGGAUAAAGUAAUUUAAAUACAGGAAUGGGAGAUGGGGAGAGAGUUAUUAAAGAUUUCACGGAAAUUAAUUUUAUACAAAAGAAAAUUAUGAAAUAAGAAGUUGUUUAAAAAAUGAAAAGCGAUGCAAAAGAGAAAAUCAAAGGCUUGCUUGAUAAUUUUAAAAAUGUUGAAUAAAUUUAAAAUAAAUAGGAUGGAAUAUAAAAUUAAAAUUAUAAUUAGUAGUAACAUAGUAAUUUAUUAUAAUAAUAGUAAAAUUAAGAUUAAUGA